GGAGGAGGCGGUGCCAGAAUGCGCACGCGCGCCCCCGGGCCCGGCCACACCCUCUUCCGCCGCUCCCGCCCAGCGACCUCGCUCCCGGGGCGUCGCCCAGCGUGCGCCAGAGUCGCCGAGGUCGUCCCCGGCACCGGAAGUGACCCUGGCGGGUUUGUCUUCAAAUUCUCGGCGAGCAGGAGCCGCGCCGGCAGGUGGUGUUGACGAUUGAACUGGGCAGUACUGGGGCCGUGAGCGGAGAGCAAAGUGGGCUGGACUGGGUCAGGCCCUCCUUCCUCGCUGCCGGGACCUCCACUCGGCCAAUCCCCUGUGCCUGGCGUUGGGCGGUUUCCCGAGGAGGUUGGGCCGCCGCAGCUUACAGUUGAACAUGAGUCUUCUUAUGAUUAGUGAGAAUGUAAAAUUGGCUCGUGAAUAUGCAUUGCUGGGAAACUAUGACUCUGCAAUGGUCUAUUAUCAGGGAGUUCUUGACCAAAUGAACAAGUAUCUGUACUCAGUCAAAGAUACAUACCUCCAGCAGAAAUGGCAACAGGUUUGGCAGGAAAUAAAUGUGGAAGCUAAACAUGUUAAAGAUAUCAUGAAAACACUAGAGAGCUUUAAACUAGACAGCACUCCCUUGAAAGCGGCACAGCAUGACCUUCCAGCUUCUGAGGGAGAAGUCUGGUCCAUGCCUGUACCUGUUGAACGAAGACCCUCACCAGGACCUAGAAAACGCCAAUCUUCUCAGUACAGUGACCCUAAAUCACAUGGUAAUCGUCCAAGUACAACUGUCAGAGUUCACCGUUCAUCUGCACAGAAUGUUCACAAUGACAGAGGGAAAGCUGUUCGUUGUCGUGAAAAGAAAGAACAGAAUAAAGGAAGAGAGGAAAAGAACAAAUCACCUGCUGCAGUAACAGAACCAGAGACAAAUAAAUUUGAUAGUACCGGAUAUGAUAAAGACUUAGUAGAAGCUUUGGAAAGAGAUAUAAUUUCUCAGAAUCCCAAUGUUCGAUGGGAUGAUAUCGCUGAUUUAGUAGAAGCUAAAAAGUUGCUUAAGGAAGCCGUAGUGUUACCAAUGUGGAUGCCCGAAUUCUUUAAGGGCAUUAGGAGACCAUGGAAAGGAGUACUGAUGGUCGGCCCACCUGGCACGGGGAAGACGCUCCUCGCUAAAGCAGUAGCUACAGAAUGCAAGACAACAUUCUUCAAUGUCUCUUCAUCAACUCUGACUUCCAAAUACAGAGGAGAAUCUGAGAAGCUUGUUCGUCUUCUGUUUGAAAUGGCUCGAUUUUAUUCUCCAGCCACCAUAUUUAUUGAUGAGAUAGACUCCAUCUGUAGUCGCCGAGGGACUUCUGAAGAACAUGAAGCAAGCAGAAGGGUGAAAGCGGAGCUGCUGGUUCAGAUGGAUGGUGUUGGAGGUGCUUCUGAAAAUGAUGACCCUUCCAAAAUGGUUAUGGUUCUGGCAGCUACUAAUUUUCCCUGGGAUAUAGAUGAGGCUUUAAGACGACGCCUUGAGAAACGAAUCUAUAUUCCUUUGCCAUCAGCAAAAGGCAGGGAGGAGCUAUUACGAAUAAGUCUACGUGAGCUGGAAUUGGCUGAUGAUGUUGACCUUGCAAGUAUAGCAGAAAACAUGGAAGGUUAUUCAGGUGCGGACAUUACCAACGUGUGCAGGGAUGCGUCCUUGAUGGCAAUGAGAAGGCGCAUUGAAGGUUUGACUCCAGAGGAAAUCCGAAAUCUUUCCAAAGAAGAAAUGCACAUGCCUACAACUAUGGAGGAUUUCGAGAUGGCUUUAAAAAAGGUUUCUAAGUCAGUGUCUGCUGCAGACAUUGAAAGAUAUGAGAAAUGGAUAUUUGAGUUUGGAUCAUGCUAAAUUCUCACAUGUAAACUGUGAGAAAUGUGCCUUAAGUGUUUGAAUAUUAAAUGUAGUAAUUCAUUGUACUGAGUGCUAUAUUUUUUUAACUUUCAUAAUGGUAAGUUUUUUUUAAAAACCCUUAUGAUUCUGAAUAAAGGCAAUAUUUUUAAGCUGAAAA